AUGGUGCACCGCGGGCAUCGCUUCGGUGCCAAGGUUUAUGCAGCCCUUCUGCCGGAAGAGAAGAAGGAUGGCGACGGGGAGACCGUCGUAGAGGAACUGCCACGGUUUUUGAACGUCAAGGACGAUGCCCGGCGCACCACAGGACGCUUGGAAAGCUGGGACUCGGAGCGCGGCUUCGGCUUCAUCAUCGAGGAGAACGACACCAGUGAGAUGCCUGUGAACAUCUUCGUGCAUCGCACCAACCUCAUGGGUGGUGCGCCAGGCUUUCCGGUGGACCUGCAGCAGGGUCGACGAAUUAGCUUUCUGCCGGGCUUCCAGGAUGGUCGCCCGCGUGCCAUGAGUGCCGCCAUGAUCGACGACGAGUACAACGUGGAUCACGUGCACUUGCGAAAACCGAAGAAACCCAAAGGCAACGAAGCGUUGAAGGAGAAGAAACUCGCGCGAGUCAGAGAGGAGAUCGCACGAGAGGAUCACCCCCUGUCCAAGAGCUUCCUUCAAUUUCUGGUCACUACCGAGGUGCAGGCAGUGGUCCAGGA